GUUGAUUAAGAUUCGCUUACUCAACAUGCAGAUAACAAAUGAAAUUACUUGUAUGGCAAUCGUUUAUAAAACUUCAUUUACAAUUCAACAUUUUACUGCGGUAGAUCAUAAAAACAUUCUCUUCGAAAGCAGAACAAGAAUUUAUUUAAAAUUUAACUUACCCGAGCAUUUUGUCAUUGAAAACUGUAAGUUGCCCGACAAUGUUCGAUAAAGAAGUCACGAUAAUAGGAGCUGGACCAGCAGGAUUAACUCUGGCACGCAUUCUUCAGAUCCGUGGUGUACGUGUUCGCAUUUUCGAACAUGACUCGUCAUUCUCGUCCCGUGAUCAAGGAGGAACUUUCGAUAUUCAUGAUGAUGGCGGACAAAAAGCCCUCAUUGCAGCAAAAUUGUUCGAUGAAUUCAAAUUGCUCUCGCGUCCCGAAGGUAAUUCCACAAAAAUCAUCGACAAGCACGGUAAAAUCCACUAUGAAGAUUAUGGUCAACCUGAUGAUAUGUCAAGACCGGAAAUUGACCGGCAAGUUUUGCGCAAUUUACUAUUAACGGCGUUGGAACCAAAUACAGUGACUUGGGGUAAACAUGUAACCAGUAUCGAGUCGUUGGACAAUGGACAACACAAAAUUACUUUCAAAGAUGGUACAAGUGAAGUAACUGAUUUUUUAGUUGGUGCCGAUGGGACCUGGUCAAAAGUACGAUCAAUUUUGACACCUAUUCAACCAACAUACACAGGAAUAACUUUCACAGAGACUCGCAUAUCAAAUCCGGAAGCUACGUUACCACACAUCAAAGAUCUGGUGGGUGAGGGUAAUAUCAAUGUUCUUAGUGAUGACAAAGGGAUAUUUGCUCAAAAGAAUGGAGAUCAAAGUAUCCGUAUCUACGCUGCCGCACGGGUUCCAGAAACAUUUAAGGAACAAUUCGACUUCAGUCAGUACAACGUUAUUAGAUCCAUGCUUUUGGAUGUGUUUUCAGGAUGGGAUGAAAAGCUCUUGGACAUGAUAAACAAGUCAGACGAUCAUUUCAUUCCACGUCUAAUUUAUUCACAAAAUCUGGACGAAUACUGGACUACCAAAUUUGGUGUAACAAUCAUUGGUGAUGCUGCCCAUGUGAUGACUCCAUUUGCGGGACAAGGUGCCAAUUUAGCAAUGCUGGAUGCCCUGGAAUUAGCUGAUCUAUUAACAUCUAAAGACUUCUCAAACGAAUCAACAGCCGAGGCGAAUCUGAAAACUUUCGAACAAACAAUGAUCGAUCGGGCCCGAAUAUUCUCUGACGAAUCGUUCGGCAACAUGAACAUGUUCAUAGCUGCAGAUGCACCAAAAGGCGCAACUGAUUUCUUCAAAAGUAUGCAACCUCCUGAAUAAUGCUUUCAAGGAAUUUCAACAGUUACAUUCGUUGUAGGUAUCGUAGUCGCAAUAAUAAAAACAAUUGUGUGUAAAAAUCCAGGCACAAAUCUGUGUGCGUUUAGUACUUUACCAGA